CCUGCCACCUUGAAAUCCAAAACAAGUGUCAUCCAAAAAAUGAUGGGAAAUGUGGAAAACUAACGCGAUCCAUCCGUAAUCAAUUUAGCAGUGACAUCGCUAUUCGCGAAACGCACAAGUUGCGUUAUACAACGCCGGCUGUCAUUCGGGAAUUGUCUGACAAAAUGCGAUUUUUGUGAGGAGGACGAGCGUUGUCAUCCGAAUACGACUUCAUCAGUUAGCCUUGAAUCCGUAUUUUGGUUUCACUCAAGUGUUGGGAUAGGGCAUGAACUUGAGAUAAAUUUCUUGUUGUCGCGAGUACAUCCAGUGAUGGUCUUUUCGUUGCGAGAAUUCUAGAAUGUCGUUUGUAAACGCGAAUAUCGCGCGGUAUUUUGUGCCGUGUAAGCCGCGAAAUAAAAGUUGAAAUUCGUGCGACCCAGUGACUUUAUUCGGGUGUGUAGUGCGAUGGUCGCAGAUUGUGAGAAAUAAUUACGAAAAGAACUUUCGGUACCUGUCUGGGACAGUACCAUUACUUCUGGUCGACUGCAUACAAAAGUGAUGUCUCUAGAUACUGAGAGAAAGAACCUACAGCCGGGAAUUCCCCAGCUCAUUCCUGACCUAGCUCUGAGUUUGAUGGGACAUCGCGCAGCUGGUGUGACCAGUAUUAACCAUAUCAACAUGCAACAGCCUGUUAAUGAAUCAUGGCAAACCAAUCCUCCUCGUCAGACAGGAAGUCCACCAACACAAACUACCUUUCCCGAAAUUACAGCAGGUACAUCUGGAGCUAUUGGAUCAACAAGCACCGCUGUGGCUCUACCUGGAUCCGCAGCUCCUGGUCCAAUUACUGCAGUCACUACUACAGUCGAAGCUCCUGUCUUUCAAUGCCCUCGCAGGCCAAACUUGGGACGAGAAGGAAGACCGAUUGGCCUCAAAGCGAACCACUUUCAAAUAUCUAUGCCAAGAGGUUUUGUUCACCAUUAUGAUGUGAACAUACAACCUGAUAAAUGCCCAAGAAAGGUGAACAGAGAAAUAAUUGAAACCAUGGUUCAUGCAUAUGGGAAAAUAUUCGGAAAUUUGAAACCUGUAUUUGAUGGUCGUAACAAUUUAUACACAAGAGAUCCCUUACCAAUAGGUAAUGCCAGAGAGGAAUUGGAAGUAACUCUACCUGGAGAAGGAAAAGAUAGACUUUUCAGAGUGACAAUAAAGUGGGUAGCACAAGUUUCUUUAUUUGGCCUUGAAGAAGCUUUAGAAGGCAGGACGAGGCAAAUACCUUACGAAGCUAUUGUUGCACUAGACGUAGUGAUGAGGCACUUACCAUCAAUGAGUUACACUCCUGUUGGUAGGAGCUUUUUCAGUAGUCCAGAUGGCUACUACCACCCUUUAGGUGGUGGUAGAGAAGUUUGGUUUGGUUUCCAUCAAUCUGUUAGACCAAGUCAGUGGAAGAUGAUGCUGAAUAUAGAUGUCUCUGCCACUGCUUUCUAUAAAGCACAACCUGUUAUUGAGUUUAUGUGUGAGGUUUUGGAUAUAAGAGACAUCAAUGAACAAAGAAAACCUUUGACAGACAGUCAAAGGGUAAAAUUUACAAAGGAAAUUAAAGGCUUGAAAAUUGAAAUUACACAUUGUGGAACUAUGAGAAGAAAAUACAGAGUGUGUAAUGUCACUCGAAGACCAGCCCAAAUGCAAUCAUUUCCUCUCCAACUCGAUAAUGGACAAACUGUCGAAUGUACGGUUGCUAAAUAUUUUUUGGAUAAAUAUAAAAUGAAACUUCGAUUCCCUCAUCUACCAUGUCUCCAGGUAGGGCAAGAGCAUAAGCACACAUAUUUGCCUCUUGAGGUAUGUAAUAUUGUUGCUGGGCAGAGGUGUAUAAAGAAAUUAACGGAUAUGCAGACAUCCACAAUGAUCAAAGCAACUGCUAGAUCAGCCCCAGACCGAGAAAGAGAAAUAAACAAUCUUGUUAGAAGGGCAGAUUUUAAUAACGAUGCAUAUGUACAGGAAUUUGGUUUAACCAUCAGUAAUAACAUGAUGGAAGUAAGAGGUAGAGUGUUACCCCCACCAAAACUUCAGUAUGGUGGAAGGGUAGCUUCUCUCAGCGGACAGGUGGGCUGGCACAGUAAACAACAGGCUCUUCCUAAUCAAGGGGUUUGGGACAUGAGAGGAAAACAAUUUUUCACUGGUGUUGAAAUCAGGGUUUGGGCAAUUGCGUGUUUUGCUCCUCAGAGAACUGUUAGAGAAGAUGCUUUAAGAAAUUUCACACAGCAGCUUCAGAAAAUAUCCAAUGAUGCAGGAAUGCCAAUCAUAGGACAACCUUGUUUUUGUAAAUACGCUACAGGACCUGAUCAGGUGGAACCUAUGUUCCGUUAUCUUAAGACUACUUUCCAAGCCCUUCAGUUGGUCGUUGUUGUUUUACCUGGUAAAACGCCGGUGUAUGCUGAAGUAAAGAGGGUGGGAGAUACAGUUUUGGGAAUGGCCACCCAAUGUGUUCAAGCCAAAAACGUCAAUAAGACUUCUCCACAAACACUGUCAAAUUUAUGUCUUAAAAUAAAUGUUAAAUUGGGAGGUAUCAACAGUAUUCUCGUGCCAUCAAUCAGACCAAAGAUAUUCAACGAACCUGUUAUUUUCUUGGGCGCAGAUGUUACCCAUCCGCCAGCUGGAGACAAUAAGAAACCUUCAAUAGCAGCAGUUGUUGGAUCUAUGGAUGCUCAUCCUUCACGUUAUGCAGCGACAGUUCGUGUUCAGCAACAUAGACAGGAAAUUAUUCAAGAACUAAGCUCUAUGGUUCGUGAACUACUCAUCAUGUUUUACAAAUCAACUGGUGGUUACAAACCACAUCGCAUAAUUUUAUACAGAGAUGGAGUUUCUGAAGGACAAUUUUUGAUGCUCCUUCAGCAUGAACUCACAGCUAUAAGAGAGGCGUGUAUCAAGUUAGAAUCUGAUUACAAACCAGGUAUCACAUUUAUCGUAGUACAAAAAAGACAUCACACAAGACUCUUCUGCGCCGAUAAAAAAGAGCAAAGUGGAAAGAGCGGUAAUAUUCCAGCUGGUACAACAGUGGAUGUUGGUAUAACCCAUCCUACUGAAUUUGACUUUUAUUUGUGCAGUCAUCAAGGAAUACAGGGAACCUCGAGGCCUUCACAUUAUCACGUGCUUUGGGAUGAUUCUCAUUUAGAUUCGGAUGAAUUACAAUGCCUUACCUAUCAGCUUUGUCAUACCUAUGUUAGAUGUACAAGAUCAGUUUCUAUUCCGGCACCCGCCUAUUACGCUCAUUUGGUAGCUUUCAGAGCUCGAUAUCAUUUAGUAGAGAAGGAACACGACAGUUCACGUUUCAGUGGCGAAGGAUCUCAUCAAUCUGGCUCUUCGGAAGAUAGAACACCUGGGGCCAUGGCCAGAGCAAUAACUGUACAUGCAGACACAAAAAAAGUUAUGUAUUUCGCUUAAUUUUACAGAAACAGAAAUUCUUUGGUGUUAAGAACGAAGUCAAAACAUAUGAUGAAAUUUGAAUGUUGUGAAGGAAACAAAUGAAUGUAUCUAUUAAGUAAUCACCAAAUAAUAGGUAUUAUUUUACUUUAGUGUUGAAGUGAAGCAAAAUUGAUACUUUUGUUAGUGAAUGUGGUACAAAUUCUAAUUGCUUUAUAGAACAUUCUAUGGAUUUCUGUUAAUAUUGUUGAUCACUUUAUAAAUUGCAAGUUGUAAAAAGUAUGAGUUCAAUGAGGAGAUAACUUCUGUAGCACAACUCGCUGUUCACAAAGUAUCAUUAGAUAUUUUGAUUGUUUUAUAUAUAUAUAAUAAAUAUAUAUUGGCAGCAUGUUAUGCUGAAAUUGAAUGUUAAUAUGAAAAUAUCACUUGAUGUGCUGAAAAUGAUAAGUUGUUGCUGCAAAGGAUAUUAUUUCCUUAAUUUUUCAACUAUAUUCCUUUUACAAAUUUGAAAUUGAGAAAAAGAAUUCAAUUUGCUUCUCUAUUGUUUUCCAUUCAAUCGUUUUGUGUACCCUUCGAAUUAGUAAAGAGCCUAUUGUAUGCUGUAUGCUUCCAGCCAAAUUUCUAUAAUUUCAAUGACAAUAAGAACAUGUAAAAACUGGAAUAUAGUUGAAUUCUUUAAUAUUUAAGAUUUACCAUAAAAAUUAUUUUAACUCGUAAUUAUUUUGACGCUGAUUCAAUAUUUUUUAAUAUUUCAAUUUUAUAUUAGAUUUAAUUUUUGAAAACUUCGAUAUAAAGCUUUAAUGUACGGAUGUGUGGAAUUGAAAUCUUCGUGAAUUUAUUGGGCUGCUUUAACAUAAAUGUGUGUGAAGUUAUGCAAAUUGGAGGUAAGGACAUAAGCAGCUCAUAUUUGACUAGUAAUUUAAGCGGGUAAUAUCUUAGUGAAUAAUUAGUUUUGGUGCUCAAUAUGCAAUUCAUUCCUUUCUACCAAUAUAAAUUUUUUCAAAAAAUACAAACUUUCCCAUUCUAUUUUGCAAAGUGCGGUGUAUUAGAUUAAUAUUUUCAAACUUUUAAUAAUUCAUUAAGCCAAAUGACAUUAUUAGUGUUUUUAGAUAAAAUUUCUUGUCUGUGUUAUUGGAACAAAAAUUUUAAACGUAUAUCAAUUAAAUAUAAAAAAUCAGUAGAGAGGUUUGAAACGUAUAAUUUUGUGACAUUUUAUUAUUCUAAUAUUUAUUUAACGCGAUGUUAUUGAUGCGUUUCCUUAUAAAGAUUAGAGCCUCAAAGCCAACAAAUAUCGUCAAAAUAAAAAAAUCACUUUAUAUAAUUAUUAAAUGGAAAGUAAUAUAAUUUGCAACUUUGAUAUUUUUCAGAAAGUGUUAUUUGUAUAUAGUUGUUAAGUCAAAGUCUGCAAAUUUUUCUUUGAUUCAUAUAAUUUACGUAGAACAUUCCAAAAACGUCAUACUGUCAAAAAUUGUUAAUUUGUUGUUUAGUGCCUGAAUUCGAAUUAAUAUAGUAUUUUUUGCCAAUCAAACUGCUGAAUUUGAAUUCUAAAUUUUGGAAAUUGUUCACUAUAUCAGUUCGUUUUAAUCUAGUUUUGAAGAAAAAUUAAAUUUAAUUUGUCUGAUGUAUUGCACAAAUCGUUUUUCACCAAAAUUUGUCUUAAAUCAUUUUAAUAUUUCUGGCAAAAUACUUAGGUCUCAUGCUAGAAUUUUUUCAAUUCUAGAACUGUUAUAAAAAAAAAGUAAAUUAGGUAAGCUUCCAUCUUAUAUAUGUACUAAUUUUGAUCGAAUACCCCCUCAAUAUUUAUAUUUUAAUCAUUUUUUUUUUAAUUUUUGAGUUAUGUUAUAUUUAUAUCGGAUUUCAUUGAUGUUGUUAAGUAUGAUUUACUUAGAGAGAACUAAUUAAAAAGCGGAGUAUAUGGGGAUAAAUAUAUCACGUAUGUGUAAGUUGAUGUAAAAAAUGCUGUGUAUUAGGUAUUUACUCAUCCAAUCAUUGGAAAUUUAUCCUAAUGAAAGGUUUUAUUCAAUUUUUAUACAUGCCAGCAAAUAUGAGAUAUUUUCCUCCAUUUUGGCCAUAAUGAACAAGCUUCUAAUAUUAUUUAAAAAUUUUUUUUACAAUGAUUGGUUGUGUUGAAAUUUUUCAUGCUUAAUUAUUUUCAAUUGUAAUUUUUUUGCUGUAUUUUUCAUGAAUGCAUAAUUGUUUCCAAUUUCACUUCGUCUACUAUGCUAGUCUUGUAUUUUAUAAUUUUUUGCCUUGCCCAUGUUACACAAAAAGGUAUUGUAUUUAUUUCCUGUGAUAUAUUUCAAGUGACCAUCAACUGUGAACAUUCAGUUUGCUCGAUUCCAAUUGUCAAUCGAUUUAUUCAUCUGUGAUUCAGUCAGACAUUUGUGUGGAAUUAAGUCGAAACUUGUACAAAGAUGUCUUUUGAUGUAUGUAGUCGAACAGUUCAAAAAAUAGAUAUGAUAAAAUUUGAAUUCUUCAGUAUAUGAGUUUCAGUCUUUUGCAGAUUACACUGGUUAGUAUUUUAAAAAAUAUAUAUUUACCACUUUAAAAAUAUAUUUGAUAGUAUGGAAAUUUUAAUGUUUUUUAUGAAAGUUUACUUUUGGUCAGUCAUUCAUAAAAAAUUGAGUUAUUAAGAAUUUUCAGAGAUAGCUUUCAAUUUAAUUUCGAAAUGAUAGUUGAAUUUGAAUGUAAUUGUCAGUCAAAUUAAAAUUUGAAGUAUAUAUCUAAUAUGAAUAAAUAAUAUAAGAAUACUAUUAUCGUAAAUCUUGUUCAAUGCAAUCCCAAAAGGUGCCAUCAAUAUAAUUCAAAUAAAAAAUCAUACUCUGGAAUAUACUUAUUCUAUAAUUGAUGGUUUUCAAUAAAUUUUGAUAUAGCUAAAUGGUAUUUUGAUGAUUUUGACUUGAAAACGUAAGUGUUUGUAUUAAAAUAUAUAUAUAAAUGCAUUUAAAUGUUGUUAUUAAGAACCAUGGGAAAAUAGAAUUUUGAUGAAUUGAUAAUUAAAUCAGAAUUACACAAAAUCUAGCUUUAGCUUCAUAAAAAUAUCAUGACAAGAUUAAAUAAUAAUUUAUCUGCUAAAAACUUUUUCUAUUCUAACAGAUAAAUGAUAUUUUGAAAACUUGCUUUCAGACGUUAUUAUUUUGAUUCAAUCAUCUUUGGAAACGUCUUAACCGAAAAUUUCAGUGACUUCAAACCUAUUAUUAAAAAUAACUUAAGUCCAAAAUUACAAAAAUAUUUAUUUUUGUAAAAAAUUUGACAAUAUCUUUAAGACAUUCUCUUGUUUUCAUCAAGUAAUUCUAUUCUGAAGAUUCAAUGAUUUUGAAUGAUGCUUUGUAUGGUAUUAAUUCAUAUUUUAUUGAGCUUUAAUCUGUUGAUACUACAUCUCUUAAUUAUAAAUCUAAUCAAUUUUUUGUUGAUAAGAAUGAUACACAAUUGUAUUGAAUAUAUGUGUAUGCACUUAUACUGAAUGUUAUAUUCUAACAAUCCAGAAUUUUAGCCGAAUUAUAUAGAUGAAUAGGAUAAGAUUCUUUUCACAAAUUUUUGGGGAUUUUGAGCUAGUUUUUCAUUUAAAGUAAGGUAGUUCAAAACAUUUGUUUUAGUCACAUAUCACAUGUUCACUAACAAUUUAUAUGUCGCGAUUGUUUUUAGCUUUAAUAUAUCUUAUCUGCAUUUUUAACAUAUCUGUUGUCCUUUUCUGAUCCCAAAUUGUUUUAGUUUUUGAUUUAAGAUUUGAUGAAAAGAUGUACGAUAUUUCAAAUAAAUUAUGAUUUAUUUUCA